CAGAUCAAACCAUCACAUUGCAUUUCACUUUACUGCAUCACCCAUUAUGUUCUCUUCUUUUCUCUCUCUCCCAAACACACAACACAAAAGUACAAAGCCACUCACCAUUCUCUCACUUUCUUUCUCUCUCUCUCUUAUCAGAAUCCCAUCCCUCUCUCUUCUGCAUCUCUCCUACCCUUUCUCUUUUCUUCCCAAACCCACCAAAAAAGAAUCAAUUUUUUAAUCACCCUGAGGAAAAAAAAUCCCUUUUUUCCCCCUCAAUCAACGCAACACGCUUAAAUUACCACCCUUCUUCCUUCUCGCUUUCUCUCUCUCUCACACGCGCGCACUCCUCCUUCUAAAGGCUUUACCUUUCGCGGAAUCGGAAUCGGAAUCGGUGAUCUAGAUGGGCAUAAUCAGAAGCAUGAGAUCGCGGUCGCAUCGCGUCGUGCAGGAGCAAGAAGAGUGUGUUGGUGACAGCAUGAGACAGAGUUGUUGGGCCAACAUGCCCCAAGAGCUUCUCCGAGAGGUUCUCCUACGAAUCGAGGCCUCCGAGGACACGUGGCCGCCGCGGAAGAGUGUUGUCGCCUGCGCCGGCGUUUGCCGCAGCUGGAGACAAAUCACCAAAGACAUUGUCAAAACACCCGAGCUUUCCUCAAAAAUCACCUUCCCCAUUUCUGUUAAACAGCCUGGCCCAAGGGAGAAUCUCCUCCGGUGCUUUAUAAAGCGCAACCGGUCAACCCAAACAUACUAUUUGUUUCUCAGUUUAACCAAUACACUAGCCGAAGAUGGGAAGUUCCUUCUGGCUGCACGCAAGUGCAGACGUCCGACAUGCACAGACUAUAUCAUCUCUCUUGAUGCAGAUGAUAUGUCAAAGGGAAGCAACUCCUAUGUUGGGAAACUAAGAUCAAAUUUUCUUGGAACAAAGUUCACAAUCUAUGACAGCCAGCCACCUCACUCAGGGGCAAGGAUUAUGAAAAGUCGCUCCACUAGGCUGGUGAAUCUAAAACAAGUUUCGCCGAAGGUCCCUACAGGCAAUUAUCCAGUGGCUCACAUCUCAUAUGAAUUGAAUGUGCUAGGCUCCCGCAGGGGGCCUAGGAGAAUGCAUUGUGUUAUGGAUUCCAUUCCUGCCACUGCAAUUGAAGCUGGAGGAGUAGCUCCUACACAGACCGAGUUUUCUCUUAACAACAUAGAUAUGUUUCCUUCAUUCCCUUUUUUCCGAUCAAAAUCAAAUCGUGUAGAAAACACCAUGUCUGGACCCCUGGUUGAUCAGAAGGAUGGGAUGCUCGUGUUAAAAAACAAGUCUCCUAGGUGGCAUGAGCAGCUCCAGUGUUGGUGCUUAAACUUUCAUGGCCGGGUGACAAUUGCCUCGGUUAAAAACUUUCAGCUAGUAGCUUCUGCAGAAAAUGGACCUGCUGGACCAGAGCAUGAUAAGAUUAUCCUCCAAUUUGGAAAAGUUGGGAAGGAUUUGUUUACAAUGGAUUACCGAUACCCUAUUUCGGCCUUUCAGGCCUUUGCGAUGUGCCUCAGCAGCUUUGAUACCAAGAUUGCUUGUGAAUGACAUGUUUAAACAGCUUCAAUCCAGAUUAUAUAGCUAUCUCUCUUACUUCUGGGAGACGGAUGGUUUGAAAGCACUUGUUGGGAAGCAGAAAGAUGAAAAAUGUUUGGGGUUGGAAGGGUGUCGAACUGAAUUUUAAAGGUCCAUUCAGUUUCUGGGAUCACAAUUCACCAGCUCUUGGGAAGAUACCAUGAACUUGGAAUAUUAUUUGAAAAUCCUCCAUCCUCACCCCCACAAGACAACACAAAAAGAGAAAAAGGAAAAAAAAAAUGCUUUUCUUCUGCCUCCGUGUACAUAAAUGAUAUUUUUCAUUUAUUUUUCUUUUUCAACAACUUUCUGGUUGUUUGUGGUAAUAUAGCUGUGGUUUUUAAAACAUGUCCCCCACAAGACAUGUUUUUGUUUAUGGGACUACUAUCUAGCUUUCAACUUAUCCUUUCAUGAGAACAUGUUGUGUUAGUUAGACUA